AUGAUUUCUAAGGGUUGUGAAGCAUUUCUGGCCUACAUACUGGAUACUUGGGAAUUUGGGUUGAAGUUGGAUCAAGUAUCUGUUGUCAAUAAAUUUGAAGAUGUAUUUCCUGAAGAAUUACCAAGUUUACCACUAGAACGUGAAGUUGAAUUUGUUAAUGAUUUGAUACUGGGAACUAUGCCGAUAUCAAUUCCAUCGUAUAGAAUGGCGCCAACUGAGUUGAAUGAACUUAAAGCACAGUUGAAAGAAUUAUUAGACAGAGGUUUUAUUCAUCCGAGUGUGUCUCCUUGGGGUGUGCCAGUGCUAUUUGUGAAAAAGAAAGAUGAUGGGAUGCGUGUUGACCCAAGUAAGAUCUCGACUAUUACCAACUGGAAAGCACCGAAAAAUGUCGUGAAGAAGAUGUUGACAGAAGCUCCUGUAUUAACAUUACCUGAAUCUGGGAAUGAAUUUUUUAUUUAUAGUGAGGCAUCACUUGGUGGAUUGGGAUGUGUGUUAAUGCAGAAUGGAAAGAUCUGGCGUCAUUACCUUUACAAUGAAAAGUGCCAGAUUUUUACAGAUCAUAAAAGGCUGAAGUAUCUGAUGACUCAAAAGGAACUGAAAGAUUAUGAUCUCGUAAUUGAUUCUCAUCCCGAGAAAGCUAAUGUGGUUGCAGAUGCUUUAAGUCAAAAAUAUCUAUUUGUUUUGAGAGCUACAAAUACACAUUUAACACUGGAAGGUGAUGAUUCUGUUGUAGCUGAACUCAGGACUAAACCGUUAUUCCUUCAACAGAUCCGAGAGUUACAAAUGGAAGAUCCAAAGUUAUCCGCCAAAUGGAACAAAUCCAGAAUGACUCGACUAUAA